UCUCUCUCUCUCCCUCCCUCUCUCUCUCUCUCUCUCUCUCUCUCUCUCCCUCCCUCCCUCUCUUACUCCAGUUUGUUGCUCAGCCCAACUGCCAGCAACUACUAGCAACACUUUGGUACGACGGCUUCCCCGGAUGGCGGCGGAAGCAUUGGGCGGUCAAACUUUUGACCUGUGUCACUAUCGGACUGCUGUUUCCAGUGCUUUCCGUGGCCUAUUUGAUGGCACCCAAGAGCAGGCUGGGACUGUUCAUUAAAAAGCCAUUUAUCAAGUUUAUCUGCCACACGGGCUCCUACCUUACCUUCCUCUUCAUGCUACUGCUCGCAUCCCAGCACAUUGUCAGGACAGAUCUACACAUGCAAGGACCUCCUCCUACUGUGGUGGAAUGGAUGAUCCUCCCCUGGGUUUUAGGUUUUAUUUGGGGAGAAAUCAAAGAAAUGUGGGACGGCGGCUUUAACGAGUACGUGCACGACUGGUGGAACCUGAUGGAUUUUGCAAUGAAUUCUCUCUACUUAGCAACCAUUUCUCUGAAAAUUGUCGCCUAUGUCAAGUACAAUGGUUCCCGUCCAAGGGAGGAAUGGGAAAUGUGGCACCCAACCCUGAUAGCAGAAGCCCUCUUUGCCAUUUCAAACAUUUUAAGCUCCUUGCGUCUCAUCUCCCUGUUUACAGCAAACUCUCACCUGGGACCCUUGCAGAUCUCUCUGGGACGUAUGCUGCUAGACAUUCUCAAGUUCCUCUUCAUUUACUGCCUGGUGCUGCUAGCUUUCGCCAAUGGACUCAACCAGCUUUAUUUCUAUUAUGAGACGAGUGCCUCCGAAGAACCCAACAAUUGCAAAGGGAUCCGUUGUGAGAAGCAAAACAAUGCCUUUUCCACACUCUUUGAAACUCUCCAGUCUCUCUUCUGGUCGGUGUUUGGUCUGUUGAACCUCUACGUCACGAACGUCAAAGCCAGGCAUGAAUUCACAGAAUUCGUUGGGGCAACCAUGUUUGGCACUUACAACGUCAUCUCCUUGGUGGUUUUGCUAAACAUGCUCAUUGCCAUGAUGAACAACUCCUACCAGCUGAUAGCAGACCACGCAGACAUAGAAUGGAAGUUUGCACGCACAAAGCUCUGGAUGAGUUACUUUGAUGAAGGAGGCACUCUACCCCCUCCUUUUAAUAUCAUCCCUAGCCCCAAGUCAUGCUGGUACCUUUGCAGGUGGGUCCACAAGCAACUCUGCCCAUUCCGAGACCCAGAGCAUGAACAGAAGCACAAGAACCUGAAGACUAUCACGGAACGUCACGCAGACAACUUGAUUCAGAAUCAACAUUACCAGGAAGUGAUCAGGAAUCUGGUGAAGAGAUACGUUGCUGCCAUGAUAAGGAAUUCAAAAACCAAUGAAGGCUUAACUGAAGAGAACUUUAAGGAGUUAAAACAAGACAUUUCCAGUUUUCGCUACGAAGUCCUUGAUUUGCUGGGUAACCGGAAGCCUCAAAGAAGAAGUUACUCCACCAGCAGCACAGAGGUCUCCCAAAAAGAAGAAGCUCCUGAGGAAUGCAUGGGAGAAACCUCCAAGGCCAAGGGCAUCUCCUUUGGAGUGGCCAACAAAAAGAAAGACUUCAACGUGUCAGCUCUCAUUAAGACCAUGUCUGGCAUCGAGACAGGGAAAGAAAAACCAAAAAGCAACGGGAUCAGCAAGCGCUCCUUCGUUCGCAAUGGCAACAGAGUCCAAAGGCUCUCCAGCUCCAAAAAGGAGUCCUUCAAGAGGUUGGGUCUCCUGUUCUCCAAGAUGAAUGGACAUCUUGCAGAACCCAACCAAGAGCCCAUGUACACCAUUUCGGAUGGGGUCAUCCAGCCCCAUUACAUGUGGCAAGACAUUAAAUAUUCUCAGAUGACAAAAGAGCGAGAUAACUGCUCCAAAAGUGAAAUUAACCUCAAUGAGGUGGUCUACAGUUCCAAUAUCAGGCAUACGGGACAGACCCAGUGCCCUGUGGUUUGUGCCAGCUCCCUUCACUGUGCUUCCAGCAUCUGUUCCUCAAAUGCCAAACUCAUAGACUCUUCAGAGGAUGUGUUUGACUCGUGGGGAGAUGCUUGUGACAUGUUUAGGAACCAAUGGAACGAUGGGCAGGAGGAACAAGUCACCACACGCCUAUAAGUAGACCUGUUCAGUAACUUGGCCGCAGAGCAUCAGCACCCUGGGAACUGUUCGUUAUCACAGACUCUCCAUAAUUAGCGACAGUUCCUCUUUCCCAGUUUAUCUCUGACAAAUGUAGGCCCUGGGUUCUUUUAGUUUAAUUGAUAGCCACAGCACACCACUGGUUCUUUAAUUUGAUUUCUUAGACUUACUGAUGCCAAAUGUUUCACUUGAAAGGUCCACUCCUGUCAGAACCUACAGAAUACUUACUCCCUCAAAUGGGCUUCAGGAUGUCCUCCAGGUAGUUUUGGUUACUCCUGCCAUCACUUUUGGAUUGGUGCGUUUUUGUUACUUCAACGUUGGUCUCCCUGAGACAGCAUCUCUCUCCCCCUUAACUUGGUUAGCAACUCUGCUGCCCAAUGUCUUACGUUUUAUCUUCUGGCCAUUGACCACCAUCCAGGACCAGUGGAUGCAAAGCAAUUUAGAAGGAGGCUAAGACUUAACUGAGGCUACUUGCAGGGGGACUGUUCCAAAUAUAAACGGGCUUUUCGCUUUCAAGCAAUACAACUUUCCAUAAU